ACUAAGAAGGUCAGAAAGGAAUAAGAGCUAUCUUUUACCAAUAAAAGACUAUACGUAUAUUUUGUUUAUAUAUAUACACGCACACACGCACGUACAACACAACGCUCGAUCACAUACGAUACACUCACAUACACAAAUGAGAGACGGAUAGAAAGUGAAUAUGCAGAAUUGGUUUUAAACUGAACUUUUUAAUGAUAUACAACAUUCUUAAAAUUAUAUAAAAGAGCAACUAAAAGAAGCAUCAAUUAAACAAUAAGUGACAGAAUACUUUAAUCUUUUUUCCCUCUUCUUUAUUAAAUCACUGUUGAUAUGAAGUCCAUUGCUUUCUUAAUAUCCACAGCUAUCACAUGCACAAUUGCUCAGAAAUUGAUAUCAGUCCCUUUCGAAGCAGUGGAUCGUAAAACAAUGAAGGCAGCAUCUUUUGAGAAUCGCCUGGUAAAUGCUCCCCUUGUCAAUGUUGAUCUCGCCUAUUUGAUCGACAUUGACAUAGGCACACCGCCUCAGCCUUUUACCUUAUUAUUAGAUACUGGCUCAUCCAGCACUUGGGUACCCAUCUCAGGCUGUGGUCGCUAUUGUGGAUACCCCCUUCAUACAAUAGAACCACUAAAAUCGAGCACAUUUAAUGCAACAGGAACACCGUUUAGUAUUCGGUACGGAGAGGGAUUUGCAACCGGUUACUAUGCACAGGACACAAUGACAGUAAAUGGAGUGGUUAUACCUGAAGUUAAUUUUGCAGUGUCUGAUUAUAAUGAUGGAGAAUUAACCACGGACGGUGCAGAUGGUAUUUUGGGCAUUGGUCCUGAUCGAUUAAGUAUCUAUAAUAAUCCAGAACACAAAGAAUAUCCAACACUGGUGACAACCAUGUACCAAAAAGGAGUCAUCGCUCACCAAACAUUUUCUGUUUUCUUUCAUCCUGUUACUACUUCAAAGAGGCGUAUUAAUGGAGAGAUUGUCUUUGGAGGAGUAGAUGCUAGACAUAUCAUUGGUGAUAUAAAAUAUGCACCUAUAACAAGAAGAAAGGAGUUUGGGGACUAUUGGGCAGUGGAUAUUCAAAAUAUUAGAAUAGGAAACAUUAUAAAAAACUAUGGGGACGGUAUUCCUGCAAUGGUUGAUACAGGUUCAACACUAAUUUAUUUACCCAAAGACGUUGUCAGCACUGUCUUUAAAGACAUUAAAGGAGUACGUCGGGAUGUUUUAGGGCAGUACCUUGUACCAUGUAAAGUAGCCAACCUGCCUGAGAUUACGCUUACCCUGAACAAUAAUGACUUUAUCAUCACUCCUCAGCAAUACGUGAUUACAAGUGGAGCAAUGUCAAUUUCCAAAGACUUUUGUUACACUUACAUUCAGGAGAGCCCUUCCUUUGUUGAUGCUAUCCUUGGAUAUGGUUUCCUUCAGCAAUAUGUUUCUGUAUAUGAUCAUGAGAAUAGGCGAAUUGGGCUUGCAAGACGUGCUCGAUAGCUUUAAAAUAACCGCACUUGAAUAAAUAAAUAAAUAAAAAACAUGGCUUUGGAUUAAUUUAU